AUGAGUCGUGCAGAGGUAGAUUUACAGACAAGUGUGAAGAAAGCAUGCAACAGUGACGAAGUUCCACCCAAGAGAAAGCAUGUGAGAGCAUGUAUAGUGUACACUUGGGAUCAUAAGAAUUCGCGAGCUUUUUGGAAUGCGGUCAAGAUUCAGCCAUUGCAAAGCAACGAGAUUCUGUUGUUCAAGGCACUUAUUAUGAUACACAAAGUGUUACAGGAAGGCCACCCAAACACUUUAAAAGAUGGUUACCGGAACCGAGACUUUGUUGCUUCAUUGGCUACGGUAUUUCCAACUCAUGGACUGGCAUACGGUAGGUUGAUUAAUCAGUAUGACCGGUAUAUUUUGCAAAAGUUGGACUUUCAUCGUAACAAUCCCGGUUUUAAUGGAACGUUCGAAUACGAGGAGUAUCUCUCAUUGAGAGCAGUCAGCGACCCGAAUGAAGGGUAUGAAUCUAUCUUACAAUUGAUGGAUCUUCAGGAUCUGAUUAAUGACUUGCAAAAGCUCAUUUUUGCAACAAUACAUCGCUCACAUGGAAAUUUGUGCAAAGUCAGUGCAUUAGUACCUUUGAUCACAGAGUCCUACGGGAUUUACAAAUUCUGUAUUUCAAUGCUCAGAGCAAUGUAUCAACAAUUGGGUGCAGAUGAGGCAUUGACGGUCUUGUUUGAUAGGUUUGAGUCUCAGCAUUUUAUGUUACGUGACUUUUACACUGAUUGCCACUCAAUCAAAUUUUUAACUAGCUUGAUUACUAUUCCUCGCCUUCCAAAUAGCUCUCCUGACUUACAGGUGGACGAAGAUGGAAGAUCCAUAGCUGAAAGUACUUCUGCUAGAACUGGGGAACAAAACAUUUCGAGAGCAAGGUCCAUCAGUGCAGAACCUCCUAGUAUUCCACCCUCAAUUUCAACUGAUCAAAUUCCAUCUCAACAAACUGGCUAUCUUUUCGAACAACAACAAGAGCAAGAGAGAAUUCAAAGACAGCUUGAGUUACAACGCCAACAACAACUUCAAGAACAACAAGAACAACAACGUUUAUUUGAACAGCAACAAAGGGAGCAAGAAAGACGGUUCAUGGAAGAGCAGCAAGCUCUUCAAAUGCAACAAACACAGCAACAGCAAGGACGCGUGUCUGAAUUGGAGCAUGAUUUGCUCAUGUUUAAGAACCAAUACGACAAUGAUCAACAGUUAUUGCAACAAUAUGACACAAGAGUUAAAUCUUUAGAAAAUGAAAUGGCGGCUUUCAAUAAUACUGCCACCCAACAAGUUGCUUCUAAGAAUGAGCAGAUUCAAAACUUGGAAGAACAGAUAGCAAAUUGGACCAAAAAGUAUGAGUCGCUUGCUAAGUUAUACUCGCAAUUGCGCCAAGAACAUUUGAAUUUAUUGGCUAAAUUCAAAAAAAUUCAACAAAAAAUAAGCAGUGCACAGGAAUCCAUUGCCAAAAAGGAGAAACUUGAAAAGGACUUGAAGGCCAAGAAUGUGGAGUUGGCUGAUUUGAUUAGAGAACGUGACCGAGCAAGACUUGAAUUGGACAGAGUGAAGGCCUCGAAGGACCAAGAGAUUGAGAAGCUAGAAACAGAAAUAAGAGAUCUCAACAUUUCCGCCAAAGAAUCUGGUAAAUUGCAAAACAUGAAUCUCACUACCAUUAUGUCAAAACACGAAGAGGAGUUGAAUGACUUGAAGGCUCAAUUGGAGCGCUAUUCCAAGAACGGAGAGCCUGGGACUAUGGACGGUUUACAUGCUCAAUUGCGAGACAAGGAAACUGAAUUGGCAAUUGCCAAUCAGUCUCUUGAAGAAGCUUACAAGGAGAUUGGCCGAAUCAAGAAUGAUCAAGAUGAUAUUUUGAAUGCAGAGAUUGACCACAUUAUCAUGACCCAUAUCUCCAAGUUCAAAAGCUUAAUCGAUGUAUUCUUGGAUAACAGUAUCAGACGCAUUUUGGAUAUCAAACACGAGUUGACAUUGAACACAUUGGGAUCAAACAAUAAUUCGUCUCCCGAAUACUUGUUGUCGGUUGUUGAGCUUUGUUCUGAUACAGCGACCGACUUUGCAUCAACGUUCAAUGGAUACAUAGCCGAGGAAAACAAUCAAGACGAGGAAACGUUCUCCAAUGUCAUCCUAUACAGCUCUUCGUUAGUCACAUAUUUGAACGAUUCGCUGCAAACAGCAAAGAGUCUUUCGCAGGCCUCCUCAGGCAAAGAGGAAGAGAAACUUUUGACCCAAAUGAUGAAAGUUCUCGAUGACGCGGAGGAAUAUUAUCAAGGGUUGAAAUCAGAGAAACUUGAACAAUUGGAUAACCAAGAAGAUAGAAUCGAUCUGAUAAUCGAUAGCAAUCUCGAGUUACAGACUUCCUUGAAGGACUUGGCGGGUUUGGCUGAUUCCUUGAAGUUGUCUACAGGUAUCCAAUUUAAAGGUGAUCUAGAAAGUCUCGUAAACAAGGAAAUGCAGCAAACGGUUGAUGCAGUCAACUCUGCUUCUAAGUAUUUGACCGAUUUGUUGAAGAACCCAAACAUUUAUGGUGGUAACAUCGAGAUACAUGAAACUUUGAUUUCAUGUGCUAAAGCAAUAAUUGAUGCGGUGGCACGAUUGAUACAAGCUUCAGUUGAAUCGCAACGUGAAAUUGUCGAGAAAGGCAAGGGUACACAAUCGAAUACAGAAUUUUACAGGAAGAACAGCAGAUGGACUGAAGGACUUAUUAGUGCAGCAAAAGCAGUAGCCGGUGCAACAAACAUAUUGAUUCAAAUUUCGGAUGGUGUUUUGCAGAAGAAGAACACCCAUGAAGAGUUGAUAGUGGCUUCGAAUGAAGUGGCUGCAUCAACGGCUCAAUUAGUUGCUGCAUCCAGGGUUAAGGCCAAUUUCAUGUCAAAAUCUCAAGACGCUUUAGAAUCAGCAUCUGGUGACGUUACUCGUGCAUGCAAAUCUCUAGUGAACAAAGUUCAAGGAUUGUUGAGUAAUGGGGACCUGCAAAAUGACAACAUUGACUUGAGUAAAUUAACUCCUUAUGAAGGUAAGACUCUCGAGAUGGAGCAACAGGUUGAAAUUUUGAAGCUUGAGAAUAAGCUUCAAGCGGCAAGAAGGAGACUCGGAGAGAUCAGGAAACAUGGCUACAAGGAUGACGAUAGCGAUGACGAGUAG